AUGGGCAGGAAAGGCAUUCAAACGAUUGUGGGGCUGAUGAUGGUGGUGAUGGCAUUGCUCAAUGUUGGCCCAACGAUGGCUCACUUGCCCCCCGGAGCCUGCAUCGACCGUUGCCUGAAAGAGUGCAAAUCAAGCGGCAUUGGUGUUGCAGCCUGCAUCAAAUACUGCCCGGUGCAUUGUCUCCCUCCCGACACCUCCACCAAACAGCAUUAUUGUAGCCUCGGAUGUAUGCUCGAUCAAUGUGCCAAGUUCACUAGUGAUGAGAAGAGGAUGACCGACUGCGUCUUCAAAUGCCGUAAAUUCCACUGCAAGAUCAAUGCCAAGAUUGUAGAGUGAUUGCUCUGUGGUCAAAUAAAUAGUCUGCAACUGCAGCCACAUAAUCUUUUGUUUCAAAUAAACGUGGCUGUAAUAAAUCUUCUCUUUGCUCCAUUUAUCAAUGCAUUGUUGCCGCUUUGUUUGUA